AUGGCAACGAGCUCGCAAGGCCUCGGCUUCCGCAACAGCAGCAAUGGCGGAGCGCGCGGCUCGCAGCUCGGGCAGCCAACCCGCCGCCGCCUGCCGUCGAACACAAUUGUCAAGUUUGUGCCCCAGCAGGAGGCGUGGGUGGUCGAGCGCAUGGGCCGGUUCUCGCGGAUCCUUGACCCCGGGCUGGCCAUCUUGGUGCCAUUCCUGGACCGCAUCGCCUACACACAGUCGCUGAAGGAAGUGGCAGUGGAGAUCCCGACGCAGAGCGCCAUCACGCAGGACAACGUGACGCUGGAGCUGGACGGCGUCCUGUACUACCGCGUCAUGGACCCGUACAAGGCGUCGUACGGCGUGGCCGACGCCGAGUUCUCGGUCGCGCAGCUGGCGCAGACAACUAUGCGUGCGGAAAUUGGCCAGAUGACGCUGGACACGACGCUGGCCGAGCGCAACACACUGAACCACAACAUUGUCAACGCCAUCAACGCUGCGUCCGAGUCGUGGGGCAUCGCCUGCCUGCGCUAUGAGAUCCGCGACAUCCACCCGCCGUCCAAGGUCGUCGAGGCCAUGCACUCGCAGGUCUCAGCCGAGCGCAGCAAGCGUGCGCAGAUUCUCGAGUCCGAGGGAGCGCGCCAGGCAGCCAUCAACGUGGCCGAGGGCUCCAAGCAGGCGCAGAUUCUGGCGUCCGAGGCCGAGAAGGCCCAGCAGAUCAACCUGGCCCUUGGUGAGGCCGAGGCGAUCCGGCAGACCGCGCUGGCGGAGGCGGAGGCCAUCUCCCGCGUCGCUAAGGCCAUUCGUGGAUCUGAUGGCGGCGAGAUGGCUGCUGGCCUGCAUGUUGCGCAGCAGUACGUCGAGGCGUUUGGCAAGAUUGCCAAGGAGUCCAACACAAUUGUUGUGCCUGCGUCUGCCAACGAUAUCUCUGGCAUGGUUGCCCAGGCACUGACUGUGUUCUCGUCGGUCACUGAUAACCAGAAGCGCCAGUCUGCCAAGAGCAAGCCUGCCCUGGUUGAGGCCGCGCCCAAGGGCAGCCCCUCGUAG